ACUGUGACAGUUCGAUUUAAAAAAAUUCGUUUGAAAGUCGUUAGGUUGUGCCUGAAAACGAACAAGCACUAAAAUAAUUUUAUCCAUGUUUUCAGCAAAGUGAUAAUUCCUCCUGGUUCUUCGUUUUUGUUUCAUGUGGAAUAAGUGUAUUUUGUUACCUCUUUCAUGCAUUUGUAACAAUAACCAAAUAAAGGUUUAGGACACGCGGUUAUCUUCAGUUAAGCAACCAACUCUGCCGCGUUUUGUCUAAAAAAUCUAUCAAAAUUCUGCAUUACAAAAUGGAUGAUUUUUUGAAAAUUGAGAAGAUUGGUGAAGGUACUUAUGGUGUUGUGUACAAAGGGAAAAACAAGAUAACCGGCCAAUUUGUGGCUAUGAAAAAAAUUCGACUUGAAUCGGAAGAUGAAGGCAUACCAUCCACGGCUAUCAGAGAAAUUUCCCUCUUGAAGGAGUUGAACCACCCCAAUAUAGUGAAACUUGAAGAUGUUCUCAUGGAAGAGUCUCGGCUUUACCUAAUUUUCGAGUUCCUCUCUAUGGAUCUGAAGAAAUACAUGGACUCUCUUGGAUCAGGAAAAUUUAUGGAUCCUGCGAUGGUGAAGAGCUACCUGUAUCAGAUUAACAAUGCAAUCCUGUACUGCCAUCAGCGACGCAUCCUACAUCGGGACCUCAAGCCGCAGAACUUGCUCAUUGAUAAGACUGGUAUUAUAAAGGUGGCUGACUUCGGCCUCGGGCGCGCGUUCGGCGUGCCGGUGCGCGUGUACACGCACGAGGUGGUGACGCUCUGGUACAGGGCUCCGGAGGUCCUGCUCGGAAGCCAGAGGUAUUCAUGCCCGAUAGACAUCUGGUCUGUGGGCUGCAUUUUCUCUGAGAUGUCGUCCAAGAGGCCACUGUUCCAGGGAGACUCGGAGAUCGAUCAGCUCUUCCGCAUUUUCAGAAUGCUGCGCACCCCCACUGAGGACAUCUGGCCAGGCGUGUCUGCUCUGCCCGACUACAAGCCCACAUUCCCUAACUGGAACACAUUCAACCUUCACAAUCAUGUCCAAAAUCUAGAUGAAGUCGGAAUGGACCUCCUACAAAAGAUGUUGGUCUACGACCCGGUGAAACGCAUAUCAGCCAAAGAGGCCCGUAGACACCGUUACUUCAAGGACGUGAAGCUGCCCCCCGGCCUCGCUGUCAACUCCGCUUACAUCCGUUACGUGGCCAACGGCUCUUCGGACACCGACAGCAGCGUUCAGAGUGUAUAGUUUUGCUAAAAUUUUAAGGAGUUUUGAUAUGUGCCGUGUGGUUCCCUGUACCAAUAAAAAAAAGAAUAGGACCACUCCAUCUCGUUCCCAUGGAUGUCGUAAAAGGCGACUAAGGGGUAGGCUUAUAAACUUGGGAUUCUUCUUUUAGGCGAUGGGCUAGCAACCCGUCACUAUUUGAAUCUCAAUUCUAUCAUUAAGUCAAACAGCUGAACGUGGCCUAUCAGUCUCAGACUGUUGGCUCUGUCUACCCCGUAAGGGAUAAAGACGUGAUCAUAUGUAUGUAUGUAUGUAUGUAUGUUUUGAUAUGUAGAUAAAGAUAAUGAUUUGGUAUGUUCUCACAAGAAGUUAUAGUUUUACUUUUCCACAUAAUAACAAUAGGUCGUCUAAGUAAAUUGACCUUUACAUACAUAUAGUCAUGUCACGUCCCUUGCGGGGUAGACAGAGCCAACAGUCUUGGAAAGACUGAAAGGCUAAGUUCAGCUGUAUGGCUUCAUGAUGGAUGACCUAUCCUAUACGGAGUUUUAUUGUAAAACUCUGUAAAGGUCAAGUUACUUAACACAAACAGUUGAAUCGUCUUUGUAGAACUCUUGAGUUAUUAUUUACAGUAGAUUUUCAAUUUUAUAUUUUAUUUUAUAUUAGCAGUGUCAUUGAAUUAUCUAAUUUUCACGGGAAUAAGCCAAAUUAUCAGUAAAAUAUCGAUUGGUUUGAUUGUCUUUGGUUACUUAAUACUUACAUCCGAUAAAAUUUAAUUGUAAACUGGAUAUGAAUAAAAUUGCGCAGAGCGUAUAAUCUAAUAGAUUGGUAACUUUUACGGAGUUUUUACUAAGAUGGAACUGGAAUUUUAAAUUUAUGGUUGAAGCGGCUUUGUGGACUGAGAAUGAUUUAUUUUUACAUAAUUUCGAUAUAAGUAUUGUUCUCGAAGUAUUGAUAGUUUAAAGUUCUAAAUUAUCAAUAUCUCGACAUCGAUUCUGUGAGUAGUCUUGGUAAUUUGACCUUCACUUAGCAGUAUGCAGAGAGAAUAUUCGUUGUAAUUUGAAUUAAGUUUUAAGAUGAAGUGAUUGGAGCGACUUUGUGGACUGAAAAUGACUUAUAUUAACAAAAGUAACUGAAAAUUAUAUAUAUAUAUUUAUAUUUUUAUACUAGUAAUUUGGAGAUAAAAUCUGAGAAAACAGUUAUGGUAGUUACAAAUUUAUGAGUGAGAAUGAUGUUUAGUGCAAUUGGCUUAUUCAUUUGAACUUAUACAAAUACUCUCGGACCAUUUUAAAUACCAAAAGACCAACUGCACUAAACACUAAUCAAGGUGUAUAUACAUAUAUAAAGUGUUUGAUACGCCGAACAACUCGAAGUUAAUACCGAUAUGUGCCCAAAAUAUAUUUACUAUUAUCUUAGACGAAGACAUGGUGCUUGAAGGAAAUUACCUAACUAUAUAUAGGCAGUAAUAAAUUUGUUUUUUAUUGUACUAAGUUAACGUUGGGGAUUCCAUAAUAGAAUAAUUCUCACUGCCAUUACGACGGAAUCAUCAAGCUUGUGUGAAAAGUUUUUAAGAUCAUAGCAAUUGGAAAUCCGUAUAUCCGUUAUAGUUUUUCUUACUGGGACUUUAAUUUACCCAGACGAAGUCGCGGGCAACAGCUAAUUUUACCUUUAACAUUGUAAUUGUCAGUUUGUACCAAGAAUGCGUUAAUUGCUUGAUUAUGAUUAUAUUUGAUGUGACUUUAAUAUAUUUUCCAUUUUCGUCGAUUUAAGUCGUUAAUUGGAUAAACUUUUUUCUUUUAGCCUUGAAAGGCUUCUCAAUUUAAGUAUGAGCGGGGAUGCAUAGUUUUAGUUGUAAGAUAUUUAAGUGCGGACUUAUUAUAAGUUUGAUGUCUAGUAUAUGCGUCUGGUACGCGGAUAAAGUUUUGAACGCACUUGCUACAAGACACCGACAUGAUACGACUCAACCCUUCAAAUGCCAUUAGAAUAAUUGGUGCUGAAUUGACGCAACUACGACGCAUCUGUUUUCUAAUUUGGAAUUUCACUAACUUGUCCCACGUCGAUGACAAAAAUUAUUCAUUUAUAUCCCUGGACAUUGCAUAAAAACAAAACUCUUAUUCUACUUGUCUGAAUUAGUUAAUUAAUCGUUUAACACGUCUGGAUAUGGUCAAGUAUAUGACGUGCUUUAACGUAUAGAGACGAGGUACAUACUAUGAAAAAAAUAAUUUCCCAGCUGCUUCCAUUGAAGUUUCUGUAACUAGAAUUGAACAAAAAUUGUUGGGCUUCAGAUUAGCUGUGUAUACAUUGCUUGCUCUCAUAGAUAAUAAUAGAACGAGACAACUUAUUGGAAUCUGCGUGUUAUUGGUGCUGCUGUUUCUAUAGACCUAUUUGUCAGUUAACUUGCAGACUGAGGAAAAUCUAAUUUGUCGCGUCGCGUCGGGUCGCAAGUGCGUUCGGUGCACAAAGUAUUGGAUUUUGUGUCAAUAUUAAACGCUAAUAAUGUGAAUUUUUAACAGCUUUCACUGUAUUUAUUUUUAUUAAGACUAGUUUAAUGUAUUAAAAUAUAGUUUAGAUUUCGUCAUAGACGUGACGUCAUCAUUGUAAAUAGACAUUGCCAAA